GUAAAGCCUACCAAAAAUGAACAAUCUGAGUUUGGCGUUCAAUUUGCUGAGGCAGCGUCUGGCACUCACAGCGACACCUGUGCGCCAUUAUGCGGUCAAGCCAGCUGCCGCGGGAGCAGCGGGCAAAAAGAAGAAGCUUGGCAAGCUAGGACCCAUAAUGGAGAAGAAAGUCUUGCCCGUCGAAACGGACGCCAACAAAUUGGUGAGCUACGUCUGCGGCAGCAACUACAUGAAAACCGGCGAGGACAUCAAGCUCAAGCCGGACGCUGAGUACCCUGACUGGCUGUGGACCCUUAAUACCGAACGCAUUGUGCCGCUGGAAGAGCUGGACCCAAACACUAAACAGUACUGGCGCCGCCUGCGCAAAAUGGCGCUGCGACGCAACAAUCAAUUGUCCAAGCUGAAAAAGUUUUAAGUGAGGUAUUUAUUUGAAGCUAGAUGCUGGCCACACUUUUAGCUUGGCCUUCAAUUUCUUGUUUAAAUAAAUCGUGAAUCGUAGUCGCCGUUCUCGAGUCAACCGAGAAUUCAUUCUAUUUGCCUUGCUGUUGGUGCAAGAAUAAACA